AUGAGAUUGCAGCAUAUACUCUUAUGUUCAGCUCUUCUACUAUCACAUGCCGAAGCUUUGCUGCAAGAAAUUGCAUCAAAGAGCGGGAAUUCCUCUUUAGUCUGCGAGGAUGUCCACAAAAUUCCCAAGAUAGACCAAUGCCAAUUCAUAAGGCUGCACUGUGAUACGGAAGACCACCAUAUCGGUUUAGUUAACUAUUUGGAGUUACAUUACUGUAAUAGGUCAACAUCGUUUUCCACAACUAUUAUCAUUUCCAGCUUGGUGUUUAGUUUUGUUUCGUUAGGUCUCACAGCUUCUGACUUCCUCUGUCCAAACUUGUACUCAAUUUCCAAGUUCUUGGAUCUCUCGGAUAAUCUUGCUGGAUUGACAUUGUUGGCAAUCGGAAAUGGAUCGCCUGAUGUGUUGGGUACCUAUAAGGCUCUCAGUAUUGGCUCGACAGGGCUUGCAGUAUCAGAGUUGGUUGGUGCUGCUCUAUUCAUCUUAACUGUUGUUGUUGGAUCCAUUUGCAUAGUAAGUCCUUUCAAAGUUCCGAAAUACCAUUUCAUACGAGACGUGUCAUUCUACACUACAGUUUCGGUGCUAAUUUGGUUCUCUUUAGUGGCUGGCCAAUUCGACGUUGUUAACUCAACUAUUCUCACCUUGCUUUACGUGAUUUAUGUCAUUGUGGCCGUUUACAGCCAUUCGUGGGUUCGAAAGAAUUCUCGCAAGCAUAUAAAUGAUACGGUUAUUAGGAGCCACUAUGAUGAUGAAGCGCUGGUUUUGGUAGACGAUACAAUGGACCAGUCUUACUUUGAUCAGCAUUCUUCUCUACCUUCCAUUGAUGUCCUUAGCACUAUGGAGAGGGAAGACUUAGACGCUAGCCAUGAAUAUGUUGAGUAUUUGAAAGUGCAUCCACUAGAAAGAUCUGAAGAACGAGUGCCAGUGGGAACUGGAUCAUACGGAAUGCGAGUUUUGCUUCGAGAAUUGAGCAAACAUUCGAUUCACCAAAUAAAAGAUCUGCCCCGGUUACAAUUACUAGAUGAGCGUCCUCUUGCUGCACUGGAUACCACGGUGACCGGACCUCACGAUGAAUCUCAAGCCGAGGGUUCAUCUUUCAAUCACGAGCUGACAGAACAAGUCCAGGGAGACACAAAUCAGUUGUUUAAACCUCAGUUUACUUUCGGCCGUCUUAUUAGGCAAUUCAUUCCCUUGUUUGACGAAGAUGAAUCCUGGCUCUCUCGUUUGACCAAUAUUAUCUGUUUGCCAGCUAAUAUAAUACUCAAAUUAACGACUCCUAACAGGGAGUCUGCCCUUGUACACGGAGAACAUUCUGCAACAGCCACCAAUGCAUUCACAUUCCAAUUAACUACUCAGACAGACACAGAGGAGGAUUUCAAAGAUUUUGACUUCGAGGCAGACGUGUGGCUUUUCCGUAUUCAAUUGGUAUUGGGGACUUUACUCUUGGUGGUGACCUUCUUUAACACCCUAGGACAGAGUUGGUUUCUUUCGAUUGCUUUCAUGACAACGUCAUGCAUUAUGAGCUUGCUCAUUCCUAACAAGGCACCAAGAUUCAAGAGUCAUUUGAUUAGGUUUAGAAUGUGGAAUUACUUCGGAUCCUUCUUGGGAUUUGUUCUCUCUUUAAUUUGGAUAUCCUUCUUUGCUACUGAGAUUAUCGCGGUUAUCAAAGCUGUUGCAGUUGUGUUAGAAUUGAGCGAUGACAUACUUGGUUCUACAGUAUUUGCUUUAGGAAAUUCCAUUGGAGACUUGGUAUCGAACCUUACGAUUGCAAGAAUGGGAAUGCCAGUUAUGGCAUUUAGUGCCUGCUUUGGAGGUCCUUUGCUCUCGCUCUGUUCAUUGGGACUUAGUUCUUUGAUCGUUAUGUCUGAAAAAGGUGAAUCUGCCAUACCAGUGAAUUUUUCUCCAACGUUGAAACUUAAUCUUUCAACCUUACUCUUUUCACAGCUAUUCAUCUUUGCAUAUCUCCCUAGAAAUGGCUGGAUGUUUGACCGUAGGGUCGGAUUCAUCUUGAUUGCAUUCUGGUUGUUUUCGGUAGUCACCAGUUUACUAUUGGAAACAAGAAAGUGA